UGAUGUUGCUGUGUGGGAACACUAAUCCUGUAACGGUGUAUAUUCAUUUAAGCUCUUCGUUUAAAAAUAUAUAUUUAAUUCUCGCUGAUAUGAAAGAUACUUUCAGUAUGUUUCCAAAACCGUACCCAGAGCGAUGAGUUUUAACGUUCAGAACGAGCGUCGGGGAUGUUAACAGAACUCGCCGAUUCACAUUUAGAUGGAAUAUUUGGAGUAUUUCUCGCUCACAUGAAAUACACAUUCCUUAUGUUUCCAAAACCGUACCGGUUUCUACAUUCAUUUUUUUUUGUUACAAAUUGGAGCUAAUUUACUGCAUGGUCUUGUUCUCUUUAAUGCUUUUGGGAGGAACAGAAGCAAUCUGCUGAGUGUUGUGGUUAUGUUUUGCUACAGGACAGCAUGGAAGCAGCUUGAGGACGUGAGUGCAGAACAGGCCAUGCAAGAGUACGUUUCGUGUGUAACUUCACAAGACCCAGACAGCAGUCAGAAGAUUGCGUAUGUGGUGUACCUGCCUGCAUCUGGGGAGAGAAGAGAGAGUAGGACAGGAUUUGUCAGUAGCAGUCAGUUCCAUCUACCAAGAAGAAAUUAUCAGGGAAGAAGACAGGAACAUAUUUGACUACUGCAGAGAAAACAACAUAGAACACAUUACCACGGCUAUCAGUUCCAAGAAAGUGGAUGUCAACGCAAAAGAUGAAGAGGAUGACGAUGGCCAGACAGCGUUACACUAUGCGUCUGCGUGUGAGUUUGCUGACGUAGUGGAACUGCUUCUACAGGCUGGAGCAGACCCUUCCAUGAAGGAUCAUGAGGGCUCUCUGCCUGAGGAGGUCACUGAAUCCAGCUCCAUCUCCUCACUGCUGCGCCAGUUCACCGCCCCCAAGGGCUAGGCCCAGCUUCGCCAUCCCCUCUCCUCCCCACCAGCCGGUGCCCGUCCCAUCCUAGACCUAGCAUCCAGCUCUCUCAGUAAUGGUCAUCACACUCUGAAAGUGCAACCCACCACUUCAUCAUCUCUCAUGUCCCAUUCCAAGGAAUGCAUCCAUCAUCAUCGCUAUUAAAGAAAUGAGUUUCUCUCUGACUUUUUCAGACCACCUCCUUUGAUGACACGACAGUCAUGUUUGCACUUCGGAUUUUGUGUUACCUUCACUUGUCUUGUGUUUCCUGAUUAUUAUUAUUUAUUUUUUUGAAAGACAUUUGGAUAGCAUAUGUAUAUUGGUAAAAAAAAAAAAAAAGAUAUAUAACUUCCAAAGAAGUUUACCUAUUAUUACCUAUCUAGUCUGACUGCUUGUUUAGCAAUUUAGUUGGUAUCAUCCUUACAUAUAUAGAUCUGGACAAGAAAAUACUAAUUUAACCUAUAUGUGUCCAAAAAUAAACUUAGAAUAUGCUAUUUUAUAUUCAGAUGGAGCAUGGAGAAAUCUAGCUAAAAGUUAUUCCAUGAUAACUAACAUAACCAUAGCAGCACACCGAUCAAAUUCCCUGGCCAGGCCUCUUCAUUUGAGUGAACCCUUUGUCCACUGAGCACAUUCUGUCUCCCUUGGCCCACCCCACAUACCCACACCCUCUAUUAUGUCACUUAAGAUAUAUUUGGAUGUUCUCCAAAUAGUCAACACAUGGGCUGCCUACAAAUCUGCUUUAGUUUUUCGUAAGCUCUUCUGAUCAGAGCAGUCUCUUUGGCACCCCCUCCCUCCCACCUGAUGAGAAUACUAAAUCUGGAAUCUCAGCUUUUAACUACAGCUUGAUAAAGAAGCUAAUGCACAUUUGAACAAACAAUGGGGACAUGCUGUAAUCCCUCUCUCUGAACACGAGGCAUUAAAUAACAGUCACCAAAAAGAGUCCUGCUGCGGCUGACUGCUGUCUGUCACCAUGGCCCCAGCAUACAGAACAGAGAUGGUCCAGCCCAGACACUCUGCUCUGUUGCAGUAUGAGAGAGAGAGAGAGAGAGAGAGAGAGAGAGAGAGAGAGAGAGAGAGA